CUAAACAAACACGGAAAAUACAAUUGCACGAAAAAAACAUUAAAAACCAAAGAAAAAAUCACUUUGUUUAAGAUUUCAUAUGUGAUGUAUAGUGUUAUAAACAAUAAAUACUUGACAUGAUAUCGUUUGGAAUAAUGACGACUUUACUCGUGGCGUUGGCUUGUCUUGUGCAUUACGACCUGUUGGGCUUGUUUCUGGAUCAUCCGUACGCUCGGCGCAUCGUGUACAUACACAACGGACAACACCAACAUCAACCCAGGUUUGAGUUCGACCACAUAUGGAUACCGAGACCGGGUACGGACCCGAGUACGUUACAUUUUCUACCUCUGCCGGUAACCGUGCAAGACGCCGGUGGUAAAGGCGAGGGCUACUGGACGGACUCGGACGACGAUGUCGAUGAUGCCCAUAAUAACCGUAGUACCAUCGAUGGUAGACUUUCCCGCCAAGAUGCCCACCAACAAGAGCCUGCACCGGAUACCGUGGUUGACGGUGUUCCAAUCACCACCACGACCGAGGUACCGGAUGACCGCGACGACAAUAACAACCAGAACUACAACAGCGACGACGACGAUUACGUUGCUCCAGGACAUGAGUGGGACGAUGACGUUUUUUGACGUGUUUCCUACGCCGGUUCGACGAAUUUUAGCGACGUUCUUAUAUCGCUAUAAUUUAUUAAAAUCGAUCUAGUAACUAUUUAUAUUACAUAUAGGUUAAGUGUGUAAAAUAUUAUUAAAUUUGUUUUUGUGAAGCACCUAAACAACUUCUUCGUGUUUCGUAUCGUGUCGUGUCGUGUCAUGGGAACAUUUAAAUUGAUAUAAAUGAAAAUGGAUGAUUAAUAUAAUAUAAUUAAAAUGUAUUUAUCAUUAAAAUUGCAAUGUGUAUAUAGUAUAAUAGUAGAUGUAGAUAAUAACAUUGUAUAUACCUACUUAGUAGCGAAAAAUAUCAAGUCCCUGCGAAUAAUAUUUGUUUACAACAAAUAAUAACAAUCGUAGACACAAUUAUAGCAAUUUUGUAAAAAUGUUAGCUUUAAAAUGUAUUUUUUUUACUGAGAAUUAAUAAAGAGUCAACCUUAUAGAUGCAUACCCAAAUUAUUCAUUUAAUUCUCAAAUGAUUUUCAAAAACCAUAAAAAUAAA